AUGUUGAAGAGGAGUUUUGCACAAGAUACCCAACUAGUUACAGGUACGGGUACAGGUUCACGAGUAUCCAGUCGGCGUCGCCUACGGGUAUCCGUCGUCCGACAAAGGAAAAACAAGAGCAGAGUAAAGAAAAGAAGAAAAGAAGAAAAGAAGAAAAGAAGAAACCAGAGAAAAGCAAGGAAUAAAGUGGCAGUUGUGCAUCCACUCCAGAGUCUGACCAUGAGAGUAAGAGAAAAAGCCUCUCAGUUGCCCCUCCAAAUGAACGGCGCCGUUUCUUUCAGCCCUCAAGCCUCGGCACAAAAGCAGCAGGACCUGAUCAUGUCGUCUUCUUCUUCUUCCUCCAAGAAGCUCCAUGUCUACGGCGGCAAGGCCUCCUUCAUGACCUGGAGGCUGCAUGACGUCCUCUACGCGGCCAAGCACCAUUGGAUACCCUGUGUCUUCGCAAUGGGCUUCCUCUUCUUCGGGAGCGUCGAGUUCACACUCGGAAUGGUUCCCUCGUCGUCUCCACCCUUCGAUGUCGGCUUCGUCACCACGCGCUCCCUCCACCUCCUCCUGGCUUCCAAGCCCAAGCUCAAUACAUUUCUCGCUGGUCUUAACACGGUGUUUGUGGGAAUGCACAUAACAUAUAUUCUAUGGACAUGGCUAGCAGAGGGCCGCCCAAGAGCCACAAUCACAGCGCUCUUCAUGUCCACAUUCCGGGGCAUCCUCGGCUGCUCUACCCGACUUCCAUUGCCUCAGGGAUUUUUGGGGUCCAGCGCAGACUUCCCAGUUGGCAAUGUGUCGUUUUUUCUUUUCUUCUCAGGGCAUGUAGCAGGGUGUGUGAUUGCAUCUUUGGACAUGAGGAGAAUGCAGAGAUGGGAAAUGGCAUGGACAUUUGAUGCACUGAAUGUGCUACAAGCACUGAGGUUGCUGGGAACAAGGGGCCACUACACAAUAGACUUGGCUGUAGGGGUUGGGGCUGGUUUUCUCUUUGAUUCUCUGGCAGGCAAGUAUGAAGAAAGCAAGAGAUCAAAAGCAACUACACCAAAUGGUACCAAAGAGGCUUUCUUUCUGUGA